UCUCUUGGUAUCAGAGGGGUUGACAGCUCCUCCUGUCUGAGGAGGAGGACCCGGUGGGAGGAGGACUCAGGAGGAGGACCCAGGACCGCCAAGUGGUGACAGAACUGCAGACUCACACAGGAAGCUGCCCCUUCGUCGUCGACAUGCCUCAGUAUUCAGACCUAGAGAACGCAAUCAACACUCUGGUCACCAAGUUCCACGAUGCUUCGGCCGACAAAGGUCCAGCUCUGAAGGCCGAUGAGUUCAAGGGACUUUUGUCCACUCAGCUGCCAAACCUGAUGAAGGGAGCCGGCUCAGACCAGAAUAUGGGCGAGAUCAUGCAGAAGAUGGGGGUUGCUGACGGUGAGGGCAUCACUUUCAAACACUUCUGGGGCCUGGUCCAGUCUCUAGCCACCUCGCAGCACAGCCUCCUGAGCAGCCAGAGGGCCUCGUCAUGUGGCUGCCUGCUUCUGUGAAGUUCAGCCUCCACUCGGCAGCCGGCAGCAGCGCUCCUCCAUGUAGCACAAAUGUUAUCAUGCAGUUAAACAGAAGGCCAAAGUUUAACCUUUAUUCUGCCACAGCAACUUGUUCCCAAUGUCUCAGUGUCCUGGAAACAAAUCCCACUCACGAAUAAGGCUGGAAAAUCCACUUUUGGUUUAUUUAUAUGACUAAUAGUAAUGAUAACCUCCAAAACAAGCAGCUGCUGUUCUGUCUGCAGGCGGCAGCAUGUUCCUGCACCGAGGCUGUGUGUGAUGUCAUAGGAAGUCGGGCUGAGUCAGAACCAGUGUUGUUUAAAAUGUUUUUGUUUGAUUUUGUAUCAGAUAUUCAUUGAUUAAAGUUUUCUUUGGAUGCAUUAAACCAAUACGACUGUUUGAUCAUCGAAUCAGAACGACCAAUUCCAAUAAACUUGUUGAUUCCA